AUUGGCCAAUAGUUUUUGUUAUAUUGACUGUUAUUUUCUUUGGACGACCAUUACCACCUCUAUGCUUCAAAGUUCUAGUUUUUUUGAGCUUCUCAACAUUAUAUCGUACAAUAGAGACAGGUAACUGG